CGCCAUUCGCGCUUGGGACCAGCCACGAGCAUGCAGACGUCGAUCGCGGACGCCGCCGUGGGCAUCGUCGUCUUCAUCCCGGCGGCGCUCAAGCGGCCAUCGCACACGCUCUACUGCAUCUGCGUCAAAGUCGACGACGCGCCCAUCGCCGAGUGGACCGUCAACCGGCGCUACUCGCAGUUUCUAGAGCUGCGCGAGAAGGUGCUGCGCUUUCUGGAGCGCACCCAAGGCUGUCCGGGCUGCGCCAACACGGCGCUCGCGAUUGCGUCGUUCCCGUUUCCGCCCAAGGCUUGGUUUCGCACCAACAAGCUCGUGCGCCAGCGCGUCCGCGACCUCCAAAGCUUCAUCCAAGUGCUCAUUGGCCGGGCGUUCUCGGCCAAGCCAAAGUGCAACACGUGCGGCGCCGGCCUCCAGAACAUUGUCCGGCCCUUCUUUUACCGCGGCGCGCAGCCGAUCCAUCGGCACUCGUCGAUCGUCCGACGCGACGCCGACGACGACGACCUCAUGCUCACGCAGCGCACCAAGAACGGCGGCCUCGACUCGGACUGCUCGACCAUGAACUCGGCAAAGGACAUGUCGUACGCAGUCUCCAAGCGGCGCACGCGCAUCUCGAAAUCACUGAGCGACUCCAAGACGCUACGCCAGGCCAAGUGUUCGUUCAUCAAAGAGUCGACGUGUCAGCAGCAUGACCACGAGUCGUCGUAUCUGGACGGCGCAAGUAAAUGCACGGACGCGCGGCCGUCCGUUCUAGAUGCGCUCAAGGACGUGGUCAUCGCGGAUGGCUUUGCCAACACCAAGCAGGAAAAGAUGUACCGGCUCUCGACGAUGUGGGAGACGUUCGAGCUUGACGACAUUCAACGGGAAAUGGCGUCGGGCCGAGCGACCAAGGCCGCCGGCAUCUUGAUCUAGACUCGCUCUACUUACUACGCUCCGUAUUACCUCGUGUACAAUUACUACGACAUAUCUUCCACUAGACUAUCUAAUUAUGAACCCUUUCCUUCGUCGCCUUUCAACCUCAUCAUAUAUCUACAGCAGUC